AUGUUUGCUAUAACAGUAUCUUCGGAGCCAAUAAGAAUAAUUAUCCUGAUUGCCAGUGCGUUUUUCUGGCUGAUAUCUUUGCUGUUUUCGUCGAUACUCUGGUAUGCAGUGGUCCCGCUCCAGAAUUACCUGGCGUUCGUAACGACAGCUCACCUGGCAAACAGCAGACACGUUUUUGCGUACGUAUGUGGUCUAGGUUUCGGCUUCAUGAGCGGAGCCUUUGCGCUGGUGAAUGUUUUGGCAGAUGCUGUGGGUCCUGGGACGAUGGGUCUCAAACAAGGCUCUGAAUAUUUCUUCAUAAUGUCGGCUGCCACGACUCUUUGCUUCAUUUUACUCCACACAUUCUGGGGCGUGAUAUUUUUCUCAGCAGUUGAUGAAAAAAAGUGGACACACAUUGCCUGGGUUGUCUUGUCUCACUUGUUCGUCUCCUGUAUGACGUUGAUAAAUAGAUACGAAGCGUAUACUUAUAGUUUGCUGUCUUCAUACACAGUACUUAUAAUUACAAUGGGACUGGCAUUUAAAGUAGCCGGUGGUAAGAUACAAAAUGUCCCCAAGUGCUUCACGCUCAUCAAAAGAGAUUAA